AUGGUUAAGGCCAAGACCUGGAUACUAAAGAAACACUUUGAAGGCUUUCCUAAGGAGAGCAACUUUGAGCUAAAAGAGGUGGACCUCCCCGCACCAAAAGAUGGAGAGGUGCUACUGGAAGCAUUGUACAUCAGCUUGGAUCCUUACCAGAGAGCUCUGAGCAGACAGUUUCUGAAUGAAGGGGACGUGCAGUAUGGAGGUCAAGUGGCCAAGGUGAUCCAGAGUAAAAAUCCAAAUUUUCCAGUCGGAUGCAACGUGCUUGUGCACAGCGGAUGGAGAACCCACACCCUCUCUGAUGGGUCAGACCUCACUAAAGUCUUACCCAACUGGCCAAAAGAGCUUCCUCUCUCCUUGUCUCUGGGAGCUAUUGGCAUGCCUGGAUUAACCGCUCUGUAUGGUUUAGAGGAGAUUGGUAAUAUUAAGCCGGGCGACACAGUCUUGGUCAGCUCAGGGGCCAGUGCUGUUGGUACAGUGGUUGGUCAGAUCUGUAAGAUCAAAGGCUGUAAAGUGGUUGGGUCAGCUGGGAGUGAUGCUAAGGUGGCCUACAUGAAAGAGCUGGGCUUUGACGUGGCCUUUAACUACAAGACCGUCUCAUCACUGGAGGAGGCUCUCAAGGCUGCCUCUCCUGAUGGAUACGACAUCUACUUUGAGAAUGUUGCAGGCGAGUAUUUCACUGCAGCAUUAUCACAGAUGAAGAUGGGUGGACGCAUUGUUAUAUGUGGAGCCAUAUCUUUGUACAACGACACCACUCCAAAGACAUGCCCUUUUCCACAUAUGACCAUGCUGAAUAAACAUCUGAGAAUGGAAGGUUUCAUGGUGGGCCAAUUUGCAGAGAAGGACCCUGAGGCUCUCAAGAGACUGCUAAACUGGAUGCAAGAGGGAAAACUGAAAGCCAAGGAGCACGUCACUGUCGGAUUUGAGAACUUGCCCACUGCCUUCUUUCGUAUGCUGAGGGGUGAUGACCUUGGAAAGGCUGUUGUUAAAGUGUGACGGACAAACUGGACUGUCACUGAUGGCACACAGUCUACAUCCCAUACCAUUACAUACACUUGACUUUCGUUUUGCA